ACGAUUGUCGACGUUGCAAGCCUUCUUCAGCCGGAGUAGUUUUCUGAUACGCGAACGACUAUUCAGUAUGACAACCAAGGAAAAGUUUGAUGCAGCUGUAAACGUCAUUAGGAAUUUGCCGAAAAAUGGAGCAUAUCAACCCAGUAACGACCUGAUGUUACGUUUCUAUGCAUACUAUAAACAAGCCACAGAAGGACCAUGCCAGAGUCCUAGACCAGCUUUUUGGGAGGUUGUAAGAAGAGCAAAGUGGGAUGCGUGGGCACGACUUGGCAAUAUGAGCAGUAAUGAAGCAAUGGAGAAUUAUGUAGAUGAACUAAAGAAGAUAGUCGAAACGAUGUCUUAUACAGAUAACGUGGCUAAUUUUCUGGGUAGCCUGGAUUCCUUCUAUGAAAGUGUCCCUGUAGAACACUUGGAACUAUUGGUGGGUCCAGUUAUUCAGAGGAUGCGCUCACAGCCUGGUUCACCACUUUCUGGCUCUCCUAUAGGUUCUAGGGAAACUUCACCACAUAGAGUGUGCUCCGCUUCACGACAUAUUACUAGCAGCCUGGAAACCAGUCCAGCAAGUAGCCACAGUGCGAGUCCCUUACCGCCUGACACAGAUGGAGAGGAGGAAGUGUUUAUAGACACUGUAGAAGCUCCAGAAAGAAUACCAAAGGAAAUGUUAAAAACAUCGUCGUCGAAUCAAACAAUGUCAACAGUUAAUCUCCAUGAUAACUCCAACGGUCAAGCUAUCAUAAACAAAGAAACGUCUGCUGCAUUAACAAAUGGCUAUGCGGAAACGAAUGGGCAUGUUUCAGAGUCACAAAUACUUCUUGAGAUUAAGCAAGAUCGAAGUCGUCCGAGAGUGAAAAAAGAUGACAAGAAGAAUGCUGAAUUUUUGUGCCAAAUAGCUAUUACUGUCCAAAACUUACAAAAAGACUUGGACAGGAUAACAACCAGGGUUCGUAGCUUAGAAGGUCAGGCUCUGAAUGCAUUAUCGCCACAAAAAGAACAGGUAAUAAGAAGUAAUUAUCCGAAGUGGUGGCCGCUACCGGAGUGUUCACCACGGAUGUUUGCCUUCUUAAUCUUCUGGCCUUUCGCGGCGCAAGCUGUUACUUCUUUUGGUCAUCGCUAUCGUCAGAGAAAAUUGUGAUUUUGUAAAUAAAUUAUACGAGAUUAUUUAGCUUUAACGUAUCAACUGAAGUUGAUUCUACCGUGGAAGUCAAAUGGAAGUUGGUGCAUUUGAAUUUAGCUCAGUCGCGAUGUACCGUAAUAAUCGCUGAAAUUGCAUUAAGUAAUAACACCAAUUUUUCUUUGGCAAUCAUUGCGGGG